AUGAGUAUGUAACUAACACAAAAACCGAAUCCAUUUUUUUAAGUCCGCUAACAUAGCUAAAACCACAACACAAAUACCAUAAACUGUUAAAAAAUGAGAAUGAGCAUAAUUGAUUAAAUAUCACCCAUCAAAGGAUAAUAAUAAAAGAGCACUCAAAGAGAUUCAUUUUAUUAAGUUAAAGGUCAAUCUGGAUCUGCAGCCUGUCUUCUCUCUAACAAAACAUUCCCAAGUAGAUUCUUAGAUAGUUUAUAUACAUCCUUAAAUUAUACUCAGGAAAGUAAUGUUGAAAAAAAGAAUGGUACUUUGAAUAAAGGACAAAAACUCAACUUUGAAACACUCAAAGAUCAUUUUAAAUUUGUAUAUGAUUACUUAGAUGAUUUCAAAUAACAAUUCGAUAAAGUUAUAUAAGCAUAAAUUGAUUAAGUUGUUUAAGUUUUGAAAUCAGCUUCUUAAUUAUCAAAUGCCUUAAUAGAAGAAAACGCUUAGAUUAAAAGCUAGUUAAGCACUGUUGAUAUAAAUAAAUUUUAAUCACAUCUGGAAUAGUAAGAAUUGAAGAUUUCUCAAAUUAACAGUGAAAAUAAUCAACUAAAAUGUUAAAUAAAUAAAUUAUAGGAGGAAAAUUAAAAAUUAAAAGAUGGAAUCUUGCAUUCUGAAAAAAUGUAGUAAGAAGCAGUCACAAAAAAUGAUAAAGAGAAUGUAAUUUCUAAUAACAAUAAAGGAAAAUACACUUAAAGAGAAUUAAGCUAUAAAUUUGAAUAAGCAGAAAUUAAAUUAUUGACUCUUUAAAUAAGCAACGAUUAACUUAAAUAACAAUUAUAACAUUACUAAUUAGAUUAGCAAACUAUUUCAUAAAUGAAAGAUACCAUAUCUACUCUAGAACUUAAAUCCUAAAGUUUAUUGAAUCAAAAAGAUGCAUUACAAUAAGAAAAUGAUCUUUUAAAUUAAAAAGUAGAAAAUCUCGAAAAAUAAUGUAAAGACAAAUAGAAGACCUAGGAAUUCUUGAUUUAUCAAAAUUCGUUAGAAAAUGAAUUAAUAAAGUUUAAAUAAGAAUAGGCCCAGAGUCAUUAGACUAUUUUAUCCUUAAACAAUACGAUUUAAUAGUUAAAGGAAUAGAUUAAUAUAUUUAGAACAUAAAAAGAUUAAGCCGAAAAUGCUUUUCAAUUAGAGUUAGUAUAAUCAUAAAAUGAAUUAUAAUAAGCUACUGCUAGAUAUUAAGUUUUGUGGCAAGAAAUAUCUGAAAUGAAGGAUAGAUUAGAAUAAAGAAAAAUUGAAGAAGAUAGCCAUUACAUGUUAUCUAAUGCAGAAAAAGUAUUAUUUGAAACUUAAAUUACUAAUCUGAAUGACAAGAUCAAGGAAUAUGAAUAAAUUUUAUUACAAAAUGACUCAAAAAUAAAGUCCUUAGAAUUAUAGAUAAAUUAGAUUUAAUAAGAGAAGGAGAACUACAAAUAGCAAUUAGAAAAGAAUGGAUCUUUAAGCAGCAAGUCUUUAGAUUUCUAAGAGCAAUAAUGGAAGAUCACACAAUUAAAUUUAAUCAUUAAUAAAAAAGAUAAAGAACUAUCAAAAAAGUCAGAAGAAUUAGCUUAAUUUAAAUAGGGAUAUGAUUUGCAGAUGAAAAAGAAUUAAAAUUUAGAAGGAAAGAUCCUUUAAUUAAUGGAAUAGGAGAUUAAGAUCAAUAGUAAUUUGAUAAAAAAGCCAUGA